AUGUCCGGAAGACAGAAAAAGUCGAGGAAAAAACACCCCGCUUUUGGCAAAACAAAGCCUAAAGCCAGCUCGUACAGCUUAGCACGAAAGGGACGUGCUUGCCCUGCCCUACAGAAUGACGAAGCAUUGCUGGUGAUUGCGAGAGCAGUGGACUUACGCGAUUCCAAGUGUAAAAUUGUCGCCGUGGAAAUUCUCUCCGGUCUCUGCUUCGUGCCAGAAGACGGUCAUUCCAAAGUGCUCACAGCUCUCACACAGGUGUCCGCAGUGCUCGGAGAGCGAACUCGUUUCCAAACACUCGUCAGUGAACUCCACAGAAGCUAUCCAUCAGAAAAGGAAACUGAUCGGACACGGAUCGCGAUUCUCGGUCUGAUUAACGCUUUGCUUCGGACAGGACAUGCUGAGGUCCGUGAGCGCAUUAUCAGUGGAACGGCCGGAAUUCUACCUGUGUUGUUCCCUUUUCGCAAAGCCGACGGUGAUACGCUGCAGCCUUAG